GACACACAUCGCUAAUGAGUCAUCAAAUAAAGUCAACAUUUUUCUAGAACAACCUCACUGUUCUGUGCACACCCCAUGAAAUAUUGAAGCGUGAUAUAUGUCAUAUAGCUUUUCUGAAUUGUUUGCCUUUGCCAUAUUGGUGAUCCAAUUGUAGACCUGGCUGUGACCAACAGAAUGGCAUCAGGCUUUUCUGCUUCAUCGGAUGAUUCACGGUGUGAGGGUUGCUUCACCGAGGACACAGCUCACGUUUCAUACCGAGUCGAAGUGAGGCAGAAACUCUGCAAUGGAUGCGCCAUAGAUAAAGAAAGUUCUAUCAAUGCAGCAGAAUGGUUCUGUCAGAAACACGUCAUGGACAAGGCGAAGAUCUUCUGCUUGACUCACGAUGCCCCUAUCUGUGAGGCGUGUGCGAUCACUACACACAGCAAAUCAACAUGCACCCUUGGUGACGUUGAUGACACUCUGAAGGAACGGAAGGAAGACCUGGCUCGGUUGAUCGAGAUGAGUAAAGAGAAUGAAGAAACGUUUAACAAUCAGGUGAAAUCAGUCGAGGAGGAGGUUGAGGGUCUGGAACAGCAUUUUGCAAUGGAGGAGGAGAAACUGCGACUAGCCUAUGAGAGAGAAGAAAAGAAACUCAAAGACGCAUUCGGAGAUCGUCAGCGAAAGCUGAAGGACGUAUCCGCUAGACUUCGUGACAUGACUGGGUAUAUAAAAGACCAACCUGAUAAGAAGUGCAAAGACCUUAUAGAGAUGCGGACACGGGCCGAGGAACUGCUAAAAAACAAGAGCGAUUUGAUGAAAGACUUCCGGGACGUCAGUUCAUUUCUGACAUGUUUAACAGCCCAGGCUAACACCAAAAUUGACAUGAAAGUUGUGAUGAAAAAGGUCACUGGGGUGGCCCAGAAAGUUUCGUUUGCAAAAAGCGACAACCAACAGAUCGGAACCAUUGAUGUUCCAGUCGAAACCUGGGUCCAGAACGAUGAAUACAAUCCUGAAAUCGGAAAGAUAUCCUACAUGAUGGGCGCUAUCGCUGGCACUGAAAUAGUCAUCAAAGACACUGAAAAACACGCAAUCUAUGUCGUUAAUAUCGAGACCAAAAUCAAGAAGAAAGUGAUUAAAGGCAACAGUCCAUACGAUUUGUGGCGAUGUGUGCCACUGAGAGAUACUGCUCGUAGAAUCGUUUGUGGGUCUAACGAAGGUGAGGUGGUCAUUUGUGAUCAUUCUUUGAAACCGCUCAUCGUCAUUACCGUAGAUGAAGAAGAAAAGAAGAGUGUAGGCGGUGAGAAGUCUUCUGUAUGCGUUGCUGUAAACAAAGAUGGUCUGAUCCUCGCCAACGCAGUCGGAUCUGGAACGAUCGGGAUCUAUAGCCCCGAAGAUGGUAGAGCAGUUGGAUCCAUUGACAUUGGGACUCCAAUAUACGACAUUUGUGCUCUCUCAUCGGGACACAUCGUCGUCCUCAAUGAGUGUGUCGAAGGCAUUGAUAUCUCAGUCUUGGACGACUCCGGCAAGAUGCUUGCUUCAAAGCAUUGUCAUGGGGAAGGAAUCAAGAGUCUAGUUGUAGACCGCGGACAUGACCUGAUUUAUCUGCUCUCUUGGGACAGACGCCACUCAGAUUACAAGGUCUCAGUCUUGUCAACUUCUGCUGAGUUUGUUGCAGAACGAGUAGCUGUGUGUGAGCCAUCGUUUUACAGUCCAAGUUGUGCCAUUCCUAGACCUGAUAGAAUGGUCAUCUACACCGAUGGAAAGGUACUCUCCUUCAGGAAGACAAACAGGGGACUCCAUCAACUUCUUGCUGAGAUUAAACUGAAAUAAUAAAUAUGAGCACGUGUGGUACGUGUACAUCAUUAAAUAUUCGUUCCUUUUAAUGCAAUCAUGUAUUAAUAGUCGAUCGAUAUACAAAGGGGACAUUAAAAAAGAAGACGUUAACGCACUUUAAUGCCGAAUGGAAAGCUAGUCUACCCUCGAAUAUUUUUCGAUUAGUUCGAUUGUAUGGAAGGGGUUUAUCGUGUCCUACGCAUAAAGUUGAAGAGUUUAAUAAGUUGUCUCACGAUGUUCAAACGUCGCUCUAUGUUAAACAUUGGGAGGCAAUUAACUGAUUAAAAUCUUCAACUUCAAUUCGAUAUAGGUUCACGAAUACUCUGCAAAAAAAAACUGUUCCCAGUGGAUAUGGAAAAGGAAAGUUUUAUACGUACCUUAUUUUAAAAUGUGAGACGCUGUCUCAUGUACGCCAAGCUUCAUUGAUAUUUUUCUUCUAAUUUCAAUAUUCGAAUGUUAUCAAAACCAACCUGGGACUUAAUGAUAUAUAUUCAUUUUUCUGUAGAUUUCGACUCAGAUGAUGUACUUUUAUCGCUUAUCUUCAAGUUUAUAGUUGUGAUUUACUGUGCAUUAUGUAAAUUCCACCGUAUGUUUCUAGUAUCUUGAAUUCUUGAUUAUCGUGGGGGGAAUCGGGAAAUCGGCAUUUCUAUUGAAGAUAUAUAAAGUACUUUAGAGAUGUUGUGACAGAGUUGGAUAGUUUCACUUGUGAAUGUAUGAUUGGAUGUAACAAUAAUAUAUAUAAACAUAUACAUUUGUAUAAUUUUUAAAUAGAAAUAUCAUGGACAAUUAUUGGUGAAUUUUACUAAUGAUGUCAUCAUUUUUAUUGUCAUCAUCGUUAUUCAUUCGAUUGCCCCUAACUCCCCCCCCCCCCUCCGUCUCUCUGUCUUCUCUCUCCCUUUCUUUUCCCUCCCUCUUUUUCUCCCCCUCUAACUGCCCCCUCUCUCUUUAUCUUUCUUUAUAUCAUUGAUUUAUCAAUUCUUUUCAAACAGUAACGGGCCUAUGUCUUAAUAGGUCCUUUCACUUUCGAAUAUUUUUGUCCUUACUUUUGUGUAAUGCAAAAUAUGAAGAUAGUUUAUCAUUAUAAAUACUUUGUAAAACAGAUCCAAAUUCUCUCUCAAUUCCGUUUCUAUAUGUCAUUCAUAUUCCGUAUGUUGUAUUAUGCAUUUAAUUAUUGAUACAUUCUUCCAUAACACUUAAAUUUGCUCAAUAUUGGAAUAGCGACUCAUACACCAUCUUCCAUAUGACAGCAUAAGAUUAAAUUUCUCGACAAUAUAGCUCAUAUGUUUUAUCAUCUUAACCACAUCCUGGAACCAGAUGCUAUUUCAGUAAAAAUAUGUAAACCGAUAUUAACUACAUUCGUAUAAUCAUGGGAAUGUAUUUCUACCAUAUGAUAUAAACAUCGAUAUUAGUGAUCGCAGGAUGGGAUGUGGUCCAAACAAUGUAACCUGUUGUCAUGACUACCAUAUAAUAUAAUUUUACUGCUGAAUUAAAGUCGACACUUGUUGAAAAAUAAA